AUGGCACCUCAUAUUUCAUGUAAUAAGCAAUUCAACAUUGUUGAAAAUGAAUAUUAUCAACCACCUCAAGAACUAAUGAAUUUACCAUUGGUCGUUAAUGGUAUUGCUGCUCCUUUUGGUCCUGAAGUGGUGGUGAUGCACUUAUUUGAUGCUGAAGAAUUUAAUGAUGGUCUUGAUCCUGUCGAUUUUGAUGGUGCUGUUCAUCAUAUUGAUGGUAGUGGUGUUCACGAUAUCGAUGAUGAUGUUGGCGGUAGUAUCGAUGGUGAUGUUUUUAGUGUUGUCCAUGCUGAUCACGUCAACAAAGUUUUCACUGAUGAAAAGGACACCAGCAACUUGCCAGUGACAACAUCAUUAUUAUAUCCUGCACGAUGUUUAUCACCACUUUCAUCACGAGUCAAAUCAAUAUUAGCAGGAAUGGUGAUGAUAUUGGUAGUUUUUUCAUUAUAUAAUAUUGAUUUAUAUGGAACGCCACAUGAUCAUGCAGCAGCAGUAGUAAAAAAAUUUGGUGAUACAACUGCUGUAUAUGUUUUUUAUAAAUAUGAUGAUUUUAUUCGAUUUAAAACUAUUAUGGAUGAACGUCGAAAUAAAAUGACAGGUGAAAUAGCUGGUGGUACAGGUAGUUUAAAAAAAUCAACAAAACGACAAUGUUUCGUUCGAACGAAAUUUAAUUAUGAUCCAUUCAAAGACUCAAAUAUACCAGGUGAUCGUGAUGUACCAUAUUAUGGUGGUGAUAUACUUUAUAUAGGAAAUGUUGAUAACGAUUCAUGGUGGUGUACAAAUGUUAAUAUUGUUCAAGAAGCUACUAAUACUUCAAAACAUUGCAUUUUGCAUGUAAGUGAUCAUGCAAUAAAAUGUUUAAUUACUACUGAUCUUUAUCCAAUUGCCAUAUUUAUUAAACCAUGUGAUGCCAAAUGGAUUAUAAAUAAUAUAGGAAAUGAAGCUAAUGAAGAAUGUGUUCAACAAAUGUACGAAAAAUCAUUAAGAAUUGAACAACAAUUUGGACAUGUUGUUACAGAUAUUGUUGAAGAAGAAACUUUAACUAAUGUGUAUGAUCGUAUAUGCGAUGUUAUUGAUCUUAAUUUUUUUUGUUUUGUUUUUUAUUGA